AUGGGCUCGCCUUCCAUCCACCUCGAGCACGCUUCCUGGCUCUCGUGGGCUUUCCUGUCGGUGGCUUUCACAGGUGCAAUCGCGGCCCGAUGCCUCCAGCGCCAUCGGCAAACACGGAUUCGACAAAGCAGCGGCGCCAUGGCACCUCACACCGCCAGCGGAAAACCAGCAGCUGCCGACCUGGCCGGUCGCGCACCGCCCUGCGUGCGCCUGCCCCAGGGCACCUACGAAGGGCGCGUGGUGGCCGUUGGCCAGAACGUUGUUGAGUCGGCCGGCCUCGGCUUGGGCGUCGGCGCUGGACCAGGAGCCUCACCCUCAUCUUCAUCCUCCUCCUCUGGGGAGCCUCUCCCGAUCCCGCAGCAGGCGGCCCUGCCGAAAGCACUCGACGUCUUCCUCGGCAUCCCGUAUGCAAAGUCGACGGCGGGCGGCAACCGCUUCCGGGCGCCCGAGCCCGUGGUCGUGGACGCGCGCGGCACGGGCGACCGGCACAGCCGCGUGAUUCCGGCCACGCAAUUGGGCCAGCGGUGCCCCGGCGUGGCGCCCAACCCGUUUGUCCCCGAGGGCGAGGACUGCCUCAACGCGAAUGUGUACCGGCCCUCGUUGGCGGGACAGACGGCGGGACAGACGACGGGACAGACGACGGGCCAGGGGACGCGCAUUCCUGCCGGGCCCUUGCCCGUCGUCGUCUACGUGCACGGCGGUGCCUUUAACAAUGGCAUGGGCGUCGAGCGCGACAUGGCGAGCUUCGUGGCGUAUGCAGAGCGCGACGUCGUGGGCGUCAGCUUCAACUACCGCGUCGGUGCCCUGGGCUUCCUUGGCUGGCAGACGGCUGCCGAGGACGGCAAGGACGGCAAGGACGGCGACAGCGCGGACGACAGCAGUGCACCAUUGAACCUGGGCCUCCGGGAUCAGCAGUUGCUCUUUUCGUGGGUGCAGAACAACAUCCGCUGCUUUGGCGGCGACCCCAACAACGUCACCAUCAUGGGGCUGAGCGCCGGUGCGCAUUCGAUUGGCCAUCACAUCCUUCACUACCCCCCUGGCAAGGCGCCUUUCCACAAGGCCAUCCUCGAGUCCGGCGCGCCCACGGCCCGCUCCCUGUGGAGCCCGGACCACCCGCGGCCUCGGGCGCAGCUGCGUGCGUUCCUCGUGGCCGCCGGCGCACAGGAGCAUCGCGACAUCCUCGCGUACCUGCGCGGCCUGCCGCUGUCGACCAUCGUCGCCGCCAGCCGCACGGUCUGGAACGACUACGCCGCCAGCGUCUGCUGGCCGUUCCAGCCCGUCGUGGACGGCCAUGUGAUUCGCCAGACGCCUCUGCGCGCCUGGCAAGCCGGCUUUGCACCCCGUAUUCCCGUCAUGACCGGCUUCAACACCAACGAGGGGACCCUGUUUGUGCCGGGCGACGCCGGCCGCGCCGACACCGAUGCCGACUUCCGCACGUUCUUUGCCGACCUCGUCCCCGGCCUGACGAGCGACGACCUCGACGAGCUGGCGCGCGUGUACCCGGACCCCGUCACACACCCCGAGACCUCGCCGUACGUCAUGCCGGAACCCUACCCGCCGGGCGUCACCGGCCGCCAGUGGGCCCGCCUCGAGGCCGCGUACGCCCACUAUGCCUACAUCUGCCCCGUCCUGCAGACGGCGCACUACCUGUCGACGAACCCCGCCAACAGCAACGUGUACCUGUACGAGUAUGCGGCGCGCGCCUUGCACUGGAACACGGCCAACCACGGCGACAACCAGUCGUGCGUGGCGCACAGCAUGGCCGUGCUGCGGGGCCACCCGGGCCUGCUGGCCGUGGCCGACGCCAUGCACGGCGCGUGGGUGCGGUUUGCCGCCAGCCCCGUCGGCAACCCCAAUGGGGACGGCGAACAGGGCGCCGCUGGCGCCGCGGCUGUGCCGUGGGCGCCCUUCGUGUCCCCUUUUUCACGGGCAAGCGGUGACGGCAAAGGUUUGCUCAUGGUGUUUGGGCAGGGCAACGACGAGCGGGUGCCGCCCGAACAACGCACGGGUGGGCCCGAGGCGAAGCCGGGCACGGCAGCGGCCCUCCGGAGCCUCUCCGACUAUGAACUGGCACAGUGCCGCUUCUGGUGGGACCGGACGGCGCUGAGCGAAGGCGACGGCCAGCGGGACCGUUUGGAUACCAAACGCGGCGCGGUUCAGAGCCACCUGUAG